AUGGUAGCGCAGAUAUUAUUUAAAAUAUCCUCGUGUUGGAAUGCAUAUAAAAAUUUUAAUAUAUUGUUAAUUGGUCACUUUUCUGAGUCGCUGAUUCGAAAUGAACUCACGUACUCAACGCCAAAAUUAUUCGUAUUGCUGCAUGAUCGGCUACUUUAUAAUAUACCAAGUAUAGCAAAUUGCAACUCCCUCAAUUUGAGUCUCGAAUAA